AUGACUAACUCACCACAAAACAUUGGUAUUAAAGGUAUUGAAGUAUACAUUCCUGGUCAAGCUGUCAAUCAAGCAGAUUUGGAAAAGUUUGAUGGUAUCCCACAAGGUAAAUACACAAUUGGUUUGGGACAAACCAAUAUGGCUUUUGUCAAUGAUAGAGAAGACAUCUAUUCUAUCUCUUUGACUGUUUUAUCUCGAUUGAUCAAGAACUACUCCAUUGAUACCAACAAGAUUGGUCGUUUGGAAGUUGGUACUGAAACAUUGUUGGAUAAAUCCAAAUCUGUUAAGUCAGUAUUGAUGCAAUUGUUCCCAGGUAAUAAUGACAUCGAAGGUAUCGACACCGUUAACGCUUGUUACGGUGGUACCUCAUCUGUUAUAAAUGCUGUUAAUUGGAUAGAAUCAUCAUCAUGGGACGGAAGAGAUGCUAUUGUUGUUGCUGGUGAUAUUGCUAUUUACGACAAAGGUGCCGCUAGACCAACUGGUGGUGUUGGUGCUAUCGCCUUGUUGAUUGGUCCAGAUGCUCCAAUUGUUUUCGACUCUAUUCGUGGUUCAUUUAUGGAACACGCUUAUGAUUUCUACAAACCAGAUUUCACCAGUGAAUACCCUGUUGUUGAUGGUCACUUUUCAUUAAGUUGUUAUGUUAAAGCUGUUGACAAUUGUUACAAAAAUUAUUCCAAAAAAAUCACUGGUGAUGCCAAUAAGACUGUUGGUGUUUAUGAUCAUUUUGAUUUCAGUGCCUUCCAUGUUCCAACUUGUAAAUUGGUCACCAAGAGUUAUGCUAGAUUAUUGUACAAUGAUUACGUUUCAAACCCAUCUAAAUUUGCUGAUUUGAUCGAUGAAACUACCAGAAAACACAUUGACGGCUUAACUUACGAUGAAAGUUUGACUGAUAAAAUAUUGGAAAAGACUUUUGUUGGUUUGGCCAAAGAUGAAACCAAGAAAAGAGUUCAACCAGCCUUGCAGGUCCCUACCAACACUGGUAACAUGUACACAGCCUCUGCUUGGGUAUCCUUGGCCUCAUUGUUAUACUACGUUGGCUCCGAAAACUUGAAAAACAAAAGAAUCAGUAUUUUCUCCUAUGGUUCUGGUUUGGCAUCUACUUUAUUGUCUGUUACUGUUAAAGGUGAUAUUUCUGCAAUUACCAAAGUUUUAGAUUUCGAUUACAAAUUGGGCGAUGGUAGAAAAAUUCAAACUCCAGAGGACUACUUGGCAGCUAUCGAGUUGAGAGAAAAGGCACAUUUGCAAAAGAGCUUUAAACCUCAAGGUUCCCUUGAUAACUUGAGCCAAGGUACCUAUUAUUUGACUGAGAUUGAUGACAAGUUCAGAAGAACUUAUGCUAUUAAAGAAUAG